AUGGAGUUCUGGGACGACGACGAGGCGUGGAAGUGCUCCCAGUCGGACUUGGCCGACCUGGUCAACGCCGAGCCGGACCCCCUGGCCGGCCUGCUUUGCCACUCGCCCAGGGGGGACACCAUCGCGGACGUGUUGCUGUCCCUCAAGCACGCAGUGGUGCAUCCAAGCUCCCCACCGGCCGGCGGCAGCCCCUACGGGGCUGCCCCGGCCGAAGCUCCGCCGACGCAUGUCUUCCCCACGUCCAUGAGUGUGAACCUGUCCAUGAACAUGACCAUGGGCGUGAGCUGCUGGGAGCCCAGCUACACGACGCAGUGGACCGCGUCGGCACCGCCGUACCACCACCCGCCUGCACCUCUGCCCCCACCGCAGGAGGACGUCGUCUACGGGGGCAUGGGGCCGAGCUACGGCGAGCCCCCGGUGCAGCAGCCCAACCCCGCGCAGUGCGGCAGCCUCAUGGGCGCGGCGGACUCGUCGGGACGCGUCAACCUGUGCGGCAUCUGCGGCAAGGCGUACGCGAGGCCCAGCACGCUCAAGACGCACCUGCGCACGCACUCGGGCGAGCGGCCGUACCGCUGCCUCCAGUGCAGCAAGUGCUUCUCGCAGGCGGCCAACCUGACGGCGCACCUCCGCACCCACUCGGGCGAAAAGCCGUUCCGCUGUCCCGUGUGCGAGCGCCGCUUCUCGCAGAGCUCGUCCGUCACCACCCACAUGCGGACGCACUCGGGAGAACGGCCCUACCGCUGCUGCCUCUGCAAGAAGGCCUUCUCGGACAGCUCCACACUCACCAAACACCUGCGCACCCAUUCUGGGGAGAAGCCCUACCAGUGCCGGCUCUGCCUGCUCCGCUUCUCGCAGUCGGGCAACCUGAACCGGCACCUCCGCGUCCAUGCCAACGCUUCCUAG